CAAUGCAUUGUUUACGUCUGUUCUGAAAGUAGGUCAUGAGACGUGAUAGUGAGUCAAGGUAUCUUUCUUGACAAGCAUGUUCAUAAAGAAAUACGUACUUUGCAAAUAUUUGGUUAAGAUCCUAGCCUCUAAAGUCCUCUGACAUUUGUAUUUGCGAAGACAGAAGGCGUAUUUUUCAAGUGUGGAUCAGGAAACGUGACGACAAGCAAGCUGGUACAGUGCAGGUAUCCUGCAGUAACUGCCAUGUCAAGGCGGAGCAGGAACAGCCGUGCAUGGCGAUAUGUGUGGAGCGGUAUUCGGCGUGAUGCCGAUGCCCGGGCACUGGUUCUGGCCUCAGAGAGCCAAGAGUGGGGCUAUGAACGUUUACAGUACAGUGACUCAGACUCUGAGCCAGACUACCCGCCUGUGGUUCCCCCAGUCCCCAGCGCUGUACCCGUUACAGGAGAGUCGUACUGCGCCUGUGACACCCAAACUGAGCCCAGCUUCAACCCACGUCUCCGGGGCUUUCACCGUGUCAAAGACUGCCACUGUGGGGAAGAUGACCAGGACUUUGACUGGGUGUGGGAUGACAGUAACCGUUCCACGGCCACAUUGCUGAGCUGCGACAACCGCAAAGUCAACUUUCACACAGAGUACAGCUGUGGCACAGCGGCCAUCAGAGGCUCCAAGGAGCUCACAGAUGGACAGCACUUCUGGGAGAUUAAGAUGACAUCGCCAGUGUACGGGACAGAUAUGAUGGUGGGCAUUGGGACCUGUGAUGUAAACCUGGAUAAGUUCAGACAUACUUUCUGCAGCCUGCUUGGGAAAGAUGAUGACAGUUGGGGUCUCUCAUACACUGGUCUGUUGCAUCAUAAAGGAGACAAAGUAAACUUCUCCUCGCGGUUUGGCCAGGGUUCCAUAAUAGGAGUGCACCUGGACACCUGGCAUGGAACACUCACCUUCUUCAAGAACCGCAAGUGUAUAGGCGUGGCAGCUACAGAGCUACAAAACAAGCACUUCUACCCUAUGGCGUGUUCCACAGCUGCCAAGAGCAGCAUGAAGGUGAUUCGCUCCUGCUUCGCGCCCACCUCCCUGCAGUACCUGUGCUGUGCCCGCCUUCGCCAACUCCUCCCUGAGCGCCCAGACACCCUGAGCGCACUACCACUGCCGCCUGGCCUACGCCACCUGCUGCACAACAAGCUGGGCUGGGUCCUUAGCCUCAACAAUGGCCUCCUGGGGGCCAAGGACGGGGAGGGGGGCGCUUCAGGAUCUGACACACCUCCUACACCACCAUCAGCCGGGGCCAUGUCUUCAGAGAGCGAUGAUUCAGAAGGGUGUAUGUCUGAUCCUGAGGCAUGCCAGAGAAAGAGGUGUCGUUGGACGUGACGCAAUGAGAAUCUCAAAUCCUGAUCUAAACACACGGGCUGCGGUCUAAAUUACAUCCUAUUCCCUACAUGGUGCAUUACUUUUAACCUGGGUCCUACAGAUCGGAUCAAAAGUAGUGGACAACUUAGAGAAAAUGGUGCAAUUUGGAUGCAUUCAUGGAUUGGAUUUCUAACCCCUCCCUGAGACUCAGUCAAGUAAAACCCAUCCCACACACACACAAACAUGCCUGUAGGCCAUUUACUCAUAAUGGUUAAUGGACCUGGGGACAGCAUUGUCUGAACAUUAAAUGAAGAUCAAACAAAUGUUUAAUAAAGACUUUGGUAAAAACUCUA